GAGAAGAACAUUCUCGAACCUGAACACGGAGACCAAUGCCCCAUAUAAACCACUCGCUUCCUCACAGGCCGGCCACAUCUCUCGUUUUUUGUACACCACAACUAGCUCUCUCUCUCUCUCGCUGCGAUUCGAAGUAGAGGAAGUACAAUGGCUGUUAAAGGUGAAGGUCCGGCGAUCGGAAUUGAUCUGGGAACUACAUACUCUUGCGUCGGUGUUUGGCAACACGAUCGUGUGGAGAUCAUAGCCAAUGACCAGGGGAACAGAACGACGCCAUCUUACGUUGCGUUUACUGAUUCUGAGCGUUUGAUCGGAGAUGCUGCCAAGAACCAGGUCGCCAUGAACCCAAUCAACACCGUCUUCGAUGCAAAACGUCUUAUUGGGAGGAGGUUUAGCGAUGCCUCAGUCCAGAGUGACAUUAAGCUAUGGCCUUUUAAGGUCAUUGCCGGUCCUGGUGACAAGCCUAUGAUUGUUGUCAACUACAAGGGUGAAGAGAGGCAGUUUUCGGCCGAGGAAAUCUCCUCUAUGGUGCUUAUCAAGAUGAAGGAGAUUGCCGAGGCUUACCUCGGGUCAACUAUAAAGAAUGCUGUUGUCACUGUUCCGGCAUACUUUAACGAUUCUCAGCGUCAGGCUACAAAAGAUGCCGGUGUUAUUUCUGGUCUCAAUGUAAUGCGUAUUAUAAAUGAGCCAACAGCUGCUGCUAUUGCUUAUGGUCUUGACAAGAAAGCCUCCAGUGUUGGUGAGAAGAAUGUGCUUAUCUUUGAUCUUGGUGGUGGUACUUUUGAUGUGUCCCUCCUCACCAUUGAAGAGGGUAUUUUUGAGGUGAAAUCCACUGCUGGAGAUACUCAUCUCGGAGGUGAGGAUUUUGAUAACAGAAUGGUGAAUCACUUUGUUCAAGAGUUCAAGAGAAAGCAUAAAAAAGACAUAAGCGGUAACCCCAGAGCUCUUAGGAGAUUGAGAACCUCUUGUGAAAGGGCAAAGAGGACUCUCUCAUCCACAGCUCAGACCACCAUUGAAAUUGAUUCUUUAUUUGAGGGUAUAGACUUCUACUCCACCAUCACGCGUGCCAGAUUUGAAGAGCUGAAUAUGGAUCUCUUCAGGAAGUGUAUGGAACCUGUUGAGAAAUGUUUGAGAGAUGCUAAGAUGGACAAAAGCAAUGUUCACGAUGUUGUUCUUGUUGGGGGGUCUACUAGAAUUCCCAAGGUGCAGCAGUUAUUGCAGGACUUCUUUAACGGGAAGGAGCUAUGCAAGAGCAUCAACCCCGAUGAGGCAGUUGCCUAUGGUGCUGCUGUACAAGCUGCCAUUCUGAGUGGUGAGGGCAGUGAGAAGGUUCAGGACUUGCUACUUCUGGAUGUCACUCCUCUCUCCCUUGGGCUAGAAACUGCUGGAGGUGUCAUGACUGUCUUAAUCCCGAGAAACACCACCAUUCCCACCAAGAAAGAGCAAGUAUUCUCCACAUACUCAGAUAAUCAACCUGGUGUAUUGAUUCAAGUAUUCGAGGGUGAGAGAGCAAGAACUAGAGACAACAACCUGUUGGGUAAAUUUGAGCUUUCUGGCAUUCCUCCAGCUCCCAGGGGCGUGCCUCAGAUCACGGUUUGCUUUGAUAUUGAUGCUAAUGGUAUUUUAAAUGUUUCUGCUGAGGAUAAGACCACCGGACAGAAGAACAAGAUCACAAUCACGAAUGACAAGGGCAGGCUAUCCAAAGAGGAAAUUGAGAAGAUGGUGCAGGAAGCAGAGAAGUACAAGGCGGAGGAUGAGGAACACAAGAAGAAGGUGGAGGCUAAGAAUGCACUGGAGAACUAUGCCUAUAAUAUGAGGAACACAGUGAAGGAUGAAAAGAUUGGUGAGAAGCUCAGCCCAGAUGACAAGAAGAAGAUCGAGGAUGCUAUUGAUCAGGCCAUCUCAUGGCUCGAUAGCAACCAGCUUGCGGAAGCUGACGAGUUUGAGGAUAAGAUGAAGGAGCUUGAGAGCAUCUGUAACCCUAUCAUUGCAAAGAUGUACCAAGGUGCCGGGCCUGACAUGGGUGGCGCCAUGGGUGAUGAUGCUCCUUCAGCUAGUGCAAGUGGUGCUGGCCCCAAGAUUGAGGAGGUUGACUAAGGGAGUGGUUUCUAUUGGCAUUAUUAUUUCGUUCAGGUUCCCCUGCUAUAGUUUGAUCGGAUCCUGUAGAUCAAAUCCUUAUGGCACAUUUAUGUCUGGUGCCAUUGUUUUGAUUUUUUAUGCUCCUUUUAUGUUUUUGUUAUGUUAUAUAUUGUUGUUCUCAGACCUAUUUGAUAAUUAAAAUUGGGCUACUGUCCAUAUCUUAUAUAUCUGUUGAAAUUAACUUUCUGAGUUGUGUUCCUAUCCAGCAU